AUGUUCCAAACUAUGCCAGAAGAUGUCCGGCACAGACUCCCUCCGUCUUCCUCCGACCUGGAGGCUCUUGACUCGCUUGUCCCUUCGUCGUCGUUCACCAGUAUCUCGUUCGCCCUGGAUGGCCAAAUCUCUCCGUCCUGUACUUCCGGCGACAUCCCGAUUCUAUUCCACCUUUCUAGCCAAGACUCCCUCGCGUCUGUAGCUCAAGUAUCCCGGCGUCUCAGCACAACUUCCACUUUCCGCCCCAGCAACAGUGUACAGACCGUCGAGACCGUUGGCACGUUCGGUCCUUGCCCUCGACAGAAUAUCCUAGCAGACCACCGUGAACACCGCAACUCGUCGUUCUCAGCAAGAUAUGGUCAAGCUACGUCGCUCUUAGGACUGGAGGAGGAUCUCGACCAAUCCUUCGGCGAUGCUUCGUUCACAUCGGACAACACCAACCCUUCACCUUCGCCGUUGAGUGACAUCCGAAUCCUCGCCGCGUGGAGACUGACAUUGUGA